AUUAUGCCAGGUAUUCGUGAGCAAUUCAGUCCAAUUCCACUGUAGUCAACAUGAAGCACUACCAAUAUGUUGUGGGGAUAACCGUGGUGGUUACCCUGCUUCAACUAGUCGAAAACCCGUUUAAAAUCCACAAAUGGGACGUAGGGGCCACACUACGACGCCUUAAAACAACUACCGACAAAACUGCUAACCUACAUGAGGUGGAAAGCCUUAAAGACUUGAACAAUAAGAAGAAUAAAGCCGAAAGAAAAGGACAACUGGUCGUGAUAUAUUUCUUUACGUCGUGGUGUGAGCCUUGCAAAAACAUAGCUUCGCCUGCCUUGUCUGGAUAUGCUACAGAUUAUCCCAAAACCAUGUUUCUUAAGGUAAACACUGGAACGCGGAAGGAUAUUAAGAAACACUACUCUGUUCGCUCUGUUCCGACUUUUAAGUUCAUUAAGAAAGGGACCAACCUAGACGAUGUGGUGGGAGCAGAUAUGGAAGAAGUGAAGAGUAUGUUGGACCAAUACGGCAAAUAAACAUGUAGCGAAUUUA